AUGGCGACGAUGGAAGACAGCUACUGCAGUUGCAGUACGACGGGCGCAGACGACAGUUGCAGUUGUGAUCGAUCGAUUGUUCACGUACUCGAUUUGGCGACUCCACGGUUCGAGGUCGUCGUUCGUCAACCGUCGUCGGACCACGACAAACUGCCGUCAAAGAGAUCACAACGUGCGUACAAAUCGAUGACUACGUCCGGAAAAACGGACGUGGUCGGCGUCAAUGCGACCGACCGGAAACGAUUUACGACCAGCACGGAAGCGGACGUGCACUGCAACGAUCGUGCUCCGACCCGGGAGCAGCGCAGUCUGCACAGCAGUGAGGUAGUUCAGACAGCCGACCGAGACUCGUGCAGCAGCAGUACUACAGAUGGCCCGCAAGCUCCGAACCCACAGCUACAGCGGGCUACCGAUCCGCGAACUAUCGACUUUUACACUUCCGAAUUGCAGGUCACCGACCAACGGCGAGAGUCCAGGUUUUGCGUUACCGAUGAUCCGCAUGCUGCCAAAUUCUACGCUAAAGACUUCUGUGCGGUCAUAAUGCCGAAUUGUAGUGACGAGUUUGACGCGGUGGACUUGACGGUAAACGACUACCGCCAGAGAUCCGUUGACAGCUGGGAAGAGCGUGGGUCCACGAUUGACUCGGCGCAGGUUCGGUCUAUGGAAAACGGGACGUGGGGGACUAGGGUACAGACUGGUGAUGCCCGGAAGCAGAAAAUUUCGCUAUGGACUAGGGUUAAACAAUGCAUACGUCGCCGACUGUGCUGUCAACAACGGUAGAUAUAUGAUAGAUAUAGAUGUAUAUAGUAACUAAGAAAUAAAUGUCCUUAUAUGCUAAGAAAAAUAAAAUAAUUAACCAAAAUUGAAAAACAAAGUGUACCUGUAUAUUGACUUACGGCAAGAUGUCUAAACUAUUUUUUCAUUUGAUCGCUGUUCUUUUCCAUACAUUUUUGGUAAGGUGCAAGGGCCGUGCCAUAGAUAUACCUAAUAGUUUUCAAUUUAAACCCUUUCGAGUGUCGAUAAAAGCCGUAAGUGUGGGUCAUUUCUGCUCAACCAGACGGUAACCUCGACGACGAUUCUACUUUUGAAUGAUUUUUUCCUAAAUUAAACGUAAUAAAAGUAUCAAAGGUUAGUCGUUAGCAUAAAUGUGUGAAGAAGAUUGGUGAUUUGGUGAACAAAUAGUUUAUACCCUGGAGAUAUAUAUCAUAUAGUCAUUUAAGUUUUGAACUAUGAAGAGUGGAAGGGGCAAACGUUUUGAUAGUAGUCAAGUUAUUUUUAGCAAUAACCAGCCAAUUGAACUGCUUUUUGACAUCCUUUUCUCUCUGACUUUCUUGAAUAUCAAUCGAACAGUUUUUUUUUAUAAUUAGCUAAAAACGAAUAACAGAAACACAAAAACAUAGUGAUGCUAAAGGCUAAUAAAAUAAUAAUAAUAUUGGUGUAUCGCCUACAUAUUUUAAAUUUAAACACAAUAACAUUGUCAAAUUAUAUACUUAAAAUGAACUUUUCAAGCUUUUAUUUGAUCGGUGGCUUUUUUUUUACAUCGAAAGGUAAAUAUAGUCUAUUAUAUACCUAAUAUUUUACGCGAUUAAGGAGGCUUGCUAUACCAAAAUAUUUAAUAUACUCAAGAGUAUAGUAAAACAAAUAGUUUAUGAAAAUCAUAUUUUUAUCACAACGAUUACAUUUUAAUGAUUAUUGAUUUAUCAUUAUUUUUAAAUGCACAAGCGUAAAGCUAUAAAAUAAUAAAACUACACGCUUAUAAACCAACGGCCAUAACAGUCAUCAAAUGGGAUUUAAGAGUACGUCAUGUAUCCGUCUUACGAACGUAAAACAUAGCAAUUUGUGUUCAACGGAAUCAAUUUUAUUUUGUGGGCUUUAAAUAUCAGAGUAAAUUUACCUAUUAUCAUACUUAAAGGUAAGAAUAUUAUCUAGGGCAUCGCAUACUGCAUAGGGUUUUAUUGAUAUUUUAAUUUUUAAGUGAGUUAUAGUUAUGUAAGAUGUUAAAACUUUAAAAUUCUUGUAAUUCAUUUUAAAUUUAAAAUAGGUAUCAAUAAAAGCCUAUGUGAUAUAUUAUCCUAUAUUAUUACAAUAAUAUACAAUACAUUUUUUAAUAUUUAAUUGGCUUACAAUAUUGCAGCACCCCCUAAAAACUAAGCUUGUGCUGAUCAAUAUUAUGAAAUACAUAGGUACGUGAAUUUAAAUAGUAAAAAUUAUUAAUAUAUAUAAGUAUACAAAAAUAUUAUGAGAAAAUCUAUGAUAAAAAAAAAAGAGAAAGAAAAUUUACAUCUAAAAAUAAAUAAAUAAUAUAUAAAUGAAAUAAUUUAAAUAUUUAAUAAAUCUAGGUGUUUAUCAUACAUUUUAAGCAACUCAAAGCUUUUAAAGUGAUCAAAAUUUAUACUUAACGAACGACAUAAUCUUAACCUGGUGUGUAAGUCAGUGUUUUGACCAAAUACUUUUUUUACGUAUGGUAGAUUUUCGUUCACCAGUUUUAAUAUUGUGCUGUUAGUACCUAUUGAUAUUAGAGUGAACUGACCUAUUAUACAAUUUAAAGGUAACAUUAUUACCCAGGGCCCCGCGUAGCUUUUUAUUGAUAUUGUUAUUUUUAAGUAAGUUAUGAUCUUUUUGAAACUGUACAUUUUAAAAUGAUCAUAACUUACUAUUGGAAAUAACAAAAUCAAUAAAAGGCUAGGUGGGGCCUUGGGUAAUAAUCUUACUUUUAAAUUUUAUAAUAGGUCAGUUCACUAAUAUCAAUAUUAGCAGGACAAUAUUGAAACUGGUGAACGAAAAUUUACUAUGUCGCACGUAUGCAAGACGGAGACAACACGUCAUGCGGGUUCUUCGUCCUCUUAAGUUUAAUUAUAGGCAAUUUGACAAAUAUUAAUGCUAACAGAAUAAAAUUGAUUCCAUUGAACUAAAAUUUGACAUGUUUUACGUUUUACGUUUUUAAGACGGAGAGACACAUGCGGGUAUGACGGUCCUCUUAAAAGUUUUAGUGUUUAUAGUCAUAAAAUCAUUACAGUCUAACUAAUAAACAAACAUAGAUACAGCUAUAGUGCCAAGUCCUGUACAGAGCUGAAUGCGCAUUGAAAAAACUGUACAACUUAUGUGUUUUAAAAAUGCUUGUAAAGUUGAAAAACAGGUAAGGGGUACCAAAAACACCUUUUAAGCGUCUAAGACUCCCUAGAUCCGCACUCAAGUCAAUAUUAACACUUAAAUCCAAGAUGGGCAAUGUGUUAUGUCCGUUCUUUGCACACAAUCCAUAUUCUGUAAAAAUUAAUUUUAAUAGUCUAUAGUAAAAGCAUCGGGGGAGACAAAAUAACAAUCGAUUGAUAUUGAUUAUAAAUGUUUUAUUCAAACUAAAUUACUAAUAUUGUAUACAAAUUAUAUGUUUUCUACACAAGUAGAAUUAAUUAUAAGGUAAAAAUAAUAUUAAUUUAUGUAGGUACAAUAUUAAAUUUAUGAUGUAAAUGUGAUAUUUAUAUAGUUGUUUACAUAAUAAGUAGGUUGUAUCGGGUUAGGUAUUAUUAUAAAAGCAUAAUAAUAAUUCGUGUCAAUUUAAAA